CAUGGAAUCUGACAAGUUCAUAUGUGUCCGAGAGAAAGUUGGCGAGCAGGCACAGGUAGUGAUUAUUGACAUGAGUGAUCCAAUGGCUCCAAUCAGACGGCCUAUCUCUGCAGAAAGUGCCAUCAUGAAUCCAGCCUCUAAGGUGAUAGCUCUGAAAGCUGGGAAGACACUUCAAAUCUUUAAUAUUGAGAUAAAGAGUAAAAUGAAGUCUCAUACUAUGGCAGAAGAGGUCAUUUUCUGGAAAUGGAUCUCUGUGAACACUAUUGCCUUGGUGACUGAGACCACAGUCUACCACUGGAGCAUGGAAGGUGACUCUCAGCCCAUAAAGAUGUUUGAUAGGCACACCAAUCUGGCAGGGUGCCAGAUGAUCCACUACCGAACUGAUGAGUACCAGAAGUGGCUGCUCCUCAUUGGCAUCUCGGCUCAG